GCCCUCCCUCCCCCAUAGUCACUUACCGCCGCCGCAACUCACUUCCCGCGUUGAGGUGACGUGGGCGGCAGGGAGGCCGGGAUCGCAGCGAGAGCGGCGCAAGAUGGCGGCCACCACGGGCUUGGAAUGGCACUCUUGCUGCACAACAGCUUCAAGAGAUUGAGCAGUGUAGUACAACAAGAGCUAGUAGCCCCAGCCAGCUUGGCUAAUGGCUGGGGCUGAUGGAAAUUAUAGCCAGAAUAUCUGGAAGGCGCCAGGUUCAGGACCUAAGCUAUGAACCAGUCUCUGGUUCAAGUAAUGCCUCUGCUUCAGGCUCACUAGGAAGGCAUUAUUAGCCUGCAGUCUCUUUGCAGCUGCUGACUCCGCAGUUUAGAGUUGGUUGGAAGAAGAACCUGGCAGAUGACUUUUAUUUUCCUGGAUGGCUUUGAGAGCAUUCACUGAGAGAUGCCACUCUCCUGUUUCUCAAAGAAACAGAGUUAUUGUUUAGGAGUAAAAGUUCCUCGUAAUUUUCGACUUUUGGAAGAACUUGAAGAAGGUCAGAAAGGAGUAGGAGAUGGGACAGUUAGCUGGGGUCUUGAAGAUGAUGAAGAUAUGACACUUACAAGAUGGACAGGCAUGAUUAUUGGGCCUCCAAGAACAAUUUAUGAAAACAGAAUAUACAGCCUUAAAAUAGAAUGUGGGCCUAAAUAUCCAGAAGCACCUCCAUUUGUAAGAUUUGUAACAAAAAUUAAUAUGAAUGGAAUAAAUAGUUCUAAUGGAGUGGUGGAUCCAAGAGCCAUAUCAGUCCUAGCAAAAUGGCAGAAUUCUUAUAGUAUCAAAGUUGUUCUGCAAGAGCUCCGGCGUCUAAUGAUGUCUAAAGAAAAUAUGAAACUUCCUCAACCACCUGAAGGACAAUGUUACAGUAAUUAAUGAAAAACAAACAGAAAAAUCAUGCCCCUUCAUUCAAUUUAAGCUCUCUUCAUUUUCCACAGUAGUAAAUUUUCUAGAUGCAUCUUGUAGACCUCCAAGUACUGGAAAGGAAGUUCCCAUGCAAAGGAAAGUCUAUCUUGAGAUACUGUAAAUGAUACUAAUUUUUUUUCCAUUUGAAAAUAAGUUGUGCUAUAACAAAUAAUGCUGUCAUGUGUAACCACUAUCCACAUAGUUGAACUUCUGGUAUCAAGAAAAAGUCUAUUUAAAUUUAUUACUGUCAAGACCAGUGUGGCACAUUGAACUCGACUGUGAAAAGCAUAAAAACCAUACAUCACACAAUCACAUUGCUGUGUGUUUGGCCUGGGUUUAUAUCUUUUCCCCUUCUCUCUCUCUCUCUCUCUCUCUCUCUCUCUGACUUGUCUGUUUGCAAUAGGUUGACGCUCAGGGCUAUUUAUUAGAGUAGACACGAAGGGCACAAUCCAAGGGGAAGUUCUCCUGCACUAGCUCUUUUGAAAAGAACUGAGACUUUACAGGAGUAUUAUAAUGCUCUUGCACAGAUUUCAUUCAUUCUAGUAGGGCUUGCUGAGGAUAAUGCCCUAAAAGGAUUGUGCCCAAAGGUUUAAAUUCCCAGUCCUAGGCUGGGCUGUGUGGACUACUAGUGGGAUGUGUUGGUAUCCUCAGUCAUCCCUCUCUUUUGUGCAGACUCUAGUAAAAUGCUGAAUGUGUCUGGGGUUGUUUUUAUUUUCUGAUUUUAAAGAAUGCUUUAGGAAAUUGGGGUCUUUCUCCCCAUAACUUUUGGCUAAAGCAUAGAUUGUAUUUCUGCACCAUUGAUUCCCAGUAAUGUGGGCUUUGGGGCAAUAGAUCGGGGUGUGUGUCUUUUAAGUCUUUCUCCCUUUUGUCAUAGUUGGGGUGCUGCUUUCUUUUUGCCCCUUCUGUGAUGCUUUCCUUUACACCUGGCCAAAAAGAGGUAAGUGGCUGGCAAACUGCCUGAUUUUAUUAUUAUUAUUAUAAUUAUUAUUAUUUUUGCCUCAUGCUUUCAACUUCUCUUGGGCUAUAAAUUUAGUCUUCACCAGCUGGGAAAACAAGAGUGUCUUGUUUUUUUGCUCGCAAGUAUCCCUUCCCUUCCUGCCCUGUGGCUUUACUUCCACACCGCCAAGCUGGCCAUGGCUGAUGUUAUUAGAUAGGCUUUUGGUAUGGUGAAAAGAGCAGUAAUUUACCAGGAUUGCUUAAGCCUGUUAAGAAUGGCCAAAUAAUGUGGAAUGAUCUGUAUGUAGAAAUUUGAAACAAACACUCCAGCUCCCCGAGCUGAAUGUCGCUACCUCCGCUUGAACGCCAUGUUAGUUACUCAUCAUAGAGACAAAUCUACUCUGUGCAGUGGAGACUCUGUCCUGAUACAUUGCAGAGAGAAGGAUCCUUCCUAAAGAGUGGAACUGCCAUUCAUAGCGGGUUAGGGACCGUGAUUGACAAGGCUUCCUGGCAAAUCACUUCCUUUUCGGACUUCUUGUUUUGGACCACUUGACUGCUGAAACAUGGAUGCAAGCUUAAAUGCAAACAAUCUAGUAUGUCCUCUUUUGAGUUUUAUGAAAAUAAAAAUUCAGUGUUUGUGUAAAAAAAGAAAAAGAAAAAAGUCACAUUUAAAAGCAGAAGCUAUCAAGUCAAUGAAUAAUUGAUGUUUCCAUUAACUCUUUUUGAGGAAAUUAUUAGUUGUAAGGAUUUAACAUCCUCUGUAAUUAAAAAUUUAACAUAACAGUAUUCCGUAAGCAGCCUUUUUAUUGUAUCAGACCAUUGCCUGAUUUUAAUAUAAUAAAAAGUGUGCAUUAAUAUUA